AUGGUUUCAAUACAAGGGGGAGAGGAUGAUUCGAGAAUUCCACUAGAUAAUCCUCCCAAUGUACGACACCUGCACCAACUCGAACGUGACGUUGAGCAUUUUUAUACACGCGAUGGUCUUGAGAAUUUCAUCAAUCUCGAAACAUUAUUGAAAGGAGCGCAAAUAGCAAGGAAUCCGGAGGAUCUUGAUACUCCUAAUCUCUCGCCCGCGGAAAGAAAUGCCCUGGAAAAGGAGGAUUCUCAAUGGCUCUCUCAGACCAGAGACCUAAGCGUGACUAUUAUGGCCACCGCUUGCGCAGCGAUCACACAGGGAUGGCAACAAUCAACCAUUAAUGCAAGCUCUCUAAUGGGCUGGGAUACUGAAUUGGGCUUGAACGACAAUAACGAGUUACUCCGUGGGUUAAUAAAUGCCGCCCCCUGGCUUUCAGGGAGUAUCAUAGGCACAUGGUUAAGUGACCCAUUACAGGAGCGAUUUUUUGGACGACGCCCAGCGCUUUUCUUAGCCGCAAUCUUUUGCGUCGCUUGUGUUAUAGGUUCUAAGGCUUCUAUUGCACCUGUAUUUGCUGCAGAGGCGGCACCAGACAAGCAUCGCGGCCGAGUUCUUAUGAUGUGGCAACUUUUUGAUGCAUUUGGAAUAUUCAUGGGAUUUGUUUGCGCCUUUAUAAGUCACCUCGAUUUCUCAUACGACAAGUCCGACAAUACAAAGAUUAAGUGGUUUAAUUUUGGCUUCGGAAUCGCAAACUUUUUGUUUACUCUUCCAUCCUAUUAUUUCAUCGAUAAGAAGGGACGUCGGCCUCUACUUCUCGUGUCUUUCAUCGGUAUGGCUGUGAGCCUCUUCGCCGUUAGUGGCUUCUUUUACAUUACGAAAGAAGAAGUUCGUAUUGGGCUAGUGGCAACGUUUACCAUCGUGAUUUUUAACUUCUUUUAUUCCAUUGGUGCUGGUCCAAUACCAUUCACUCUCAGUGCUGAGGUAUUUCCACUUUGUGUACGCGAGGUCGGAAUGAGCUUCAGUGUCAUGAUAAACUUUGCCUUUCUGGGCCUCCUAGUACUCUUUGUUCCAGCCUUGACUAGGAAGUUUGGUCAUGAUAAAUUGUCUGAAUAUCUUGGCUUUGAUAUUCAUAUUUCUUCUCUUGGAGGCAAUGAAUUCCAUCUUUAA